UUCCAAUAUUCAUUAAUUUGUACAAAACAAAUCAAUACAUAUCCAUAGCGUCCCUAUACACAGCGGAAUUUCCCAGAACAAAGACAACACGCUAACAACAUCAUGGCCGAUUCCGAAGCUGUUGAUACUACAGACGAUUCCCCUGAAAACCAGCCAACAAGUCCUCAACUGUUGCAAGAUGAAGCUGUAUCAUCAACACUGGAAAUGGCAGCUGAUGCAUACAAAAUUGUCUCAGCGAUUGACUUUGGAACUACAUUUAGUGGAUAUGCCUAUACAUUUUUACCUAAUAAGGAGAAAAUAUACACAAACAGAAACUGGGGACAAACGCAGGGAUUUCUUUUGCACAAAACUCCAACCUGUCUCCUUUUGAAACCUGAUGGAGAAUUUGAAGCAUUUGGAUUUGAAGCCGUCCUGAAGUUCAACGACCUUAGCGAGGAGGACGCUGGAAAUCACUACUACUUUGACAAAUUCAAAAUGAAACUUUAUGAAAACAAGGUUCUAAAUACGGAAAUUUUAAUUGAAGAUGCAAGUGGAAAGACGAAGUUUGCAGUAGACGUAUUUGCUAAAUCUCUCUGGUUCAUGAAACGUCACUUAUUGAAACAUUUGGCAGGAACCAUGGGAUAUGAACCAGAUGAAAAAUCAAUAAGAUGGGUGCUCACUGUUCCUGCAAUAUGGGAUGAAAAUGCCAAACAGUUCAUGCGAGAGGCAGCGCAUAAGGGUGGUUUGAUUGAAACUACACACAGUAACCAACUGCUGAUCGCGUUAGAACCGGAAGCUGCUUCUUUGCACUGCAAACUACUCCCAGCAGAAACCUUUAUGGGCAACUCAGAAGAGCAACUAGCCAAACCAACAUUCGAACCAGGGACAAAGUAUCUGGUUGUUGAUGCCGGAGGUGGAACAAUCGAUAUAGUUGCUCACAAAAUUCGCAAAGAUGGAAGAAUUCGUGAACUUUUUCGUGCCACCGGAGGCGCUUGGGGUGGCACCGUAAUUGAUAGACAGUUCUUAAACCUCACGGAGAGAAUAUUUGGUGAAGGUUACAUGAAAGCAUUCAAACAUGAAUUUCCAAAAGACUUUGUUGAGCUACUUCAAGACUUCGAAAUAAAAAAGCGCGGGGAAUGCGAUACCGUUAGAGUUUCGUUACCCUAUAAUUUCUGCAAUUACAAACAUGAAGGAAAAGGAGUACAAGAAAUCAUCAAACACUAUUCGGAAACUUCUAAACAAAAAGUGAGGUUUUCGUCUGGAAAACUGGUUCUUUCGUCUGAAAUUGUCCAUUCUCUGUUUGCUGAUACACUAUCUCAAAUAAAUGAUCACAUAAAUACACUGCUUCACAAAAACAGAUUAAAAGACAUAAGUUAUAUAUUCAUUGUUGGUGGAUUUGCAGAAUCAGUUAAACUUCAACAUUCAAUUAAGGAGGCUUUUGAGUCCCGCGUGACAAUUUUGAUCCCUGAAGAAGCAAGUUUGGCCGUUGUGAAAGGCGCUGUGACUUUUGGGUGUGAUCCUAGUGCCAUCUGUCAAAGAAUCUGUCGAUUUACAUAUGGAGUGGGUUCUUAUCUUCCGUUUGAAGAAGGCGUUCAUAGAGAAGACUUGAAAUGUGUUUCAGACGGAAUGAUCCUGUGUAAAAAAAUAUUUCAGCCAUGGGUUGAAGCGGGAGAAGUAAUAGGGCAUAAUGAAGUUUGGCGGGAAACUUACACACCGAUUAUAACAAAUCAAAAGGGAAUCAUAUUCGAAUUCUUUAAAUCCUCGAAACGUAAUUUAAAAUACGUAGACGAGGAAAAUGUUGAAAAAUGUGGGUCUUUGAUUGUUGAAAUGCCAGACAUGACGGGGGACAAAGACAGAGCAGUUGAUCUUGAAGUAAUAUUCGGAGGGACAGAAAUAAAGGUGAUUGGAUCUGAUCAUACCAGUCAGACGCAAAGAGAAACCUACAUAGAUUUUCUCUCAGUCUAAUGAGAGAUAUACGAACAAAGUUAUCAUGGAACAAACUGAGCAGACAUUUAAAUAUCAAAACUGGAUCGAUUGUAUUCAGUAGUAAAUUACAUCAUUUAUAGCUCCAUAUGGAAUUGGUUACACAAGUCAAUAGUCAUAACUUGAUAACAUUGUUAUUGAAGAUCCAUAAAUUACCAUGUAGAAAUUCAAGUAUUAUAUCUAUAAAGACAAGUUAUAGUUGUCAAUUGUAAGAGGUGCUAUUUUAUGUUCAUUCGAAACAAUCAUGAUAAAAAUCAGAAUAUUUAUAAACUACACCUUCACGGCAAAGUCCUUAUUCAAGUAUGCUUACAAAAGAACUUUAGAUAAGACGGAAGUUUUUAUUAAUUGUGAUACAUGCAAAUAUAAGUGAUGUCUUACUACGGGUUUAAGGUCGUUUACUGAAAGUGCUUGAUAAAAAUUUGUCAGCUGUGACUGUUUCCAUGAAGAAUACUUUCUUCAAACAACAAAAAUAUCAACGAUGUACUUGUUGUAUGAUUAUAUUCAGUGAGAUAAAAUGGGGUUUAUUCUAUCAAGGAUUUGUGAUCUUACUAUACAAAUCCUUGAUUCUAUAAAUCUGCAUAUAUGUGAAAAGCAGUUGAAUUAUCUCCCUUGAUACAUUUUUUUUAUGUAUACUUACCU